AUGACUUCCUGGUUCCCCGACCCAAGACGAAUCGUCACCGGCCACAACUCAGAGGGCAAGGCCGUUGUUGUUGCCGACGGCACUAUCCCAUGCCAGCCGACACCGAUAGGGGCCAACUUUGCCGUGUUAUUCGAAACUCACGAGUUCCCCGUGUCCAACGAUGGAUGGGAGGACCCAACCAAGGUCCGGACCACGGAUUUGGCAAAUAAGCAGGGAAUCGUCCUGCGAGUCGUAGACAUUCCGCCGAAUGUGGACAAGGCAGGGAUGUUGUUCCAUCGAACCGAAUCGCUGGAUUUCGGCAUUCUGUUUAGUGGAGAAGUUAUUUGUCACCUUGAGGAUGGUGUCGAAAUCCAUAUGAAGCCGGGUGAUGUCUGCGUCCAGCGCGGCACAAUCCACGGCUGGACGAACAGUACAGACAAGCCGGCACGUCUUUACUUUAUCUUAUCCGCUGCCAAACCGGUCAAUGUCAACGGGCAAUCAUUGACAGCGGCUGGUUACUCCAAGCAUGAAGUCGAGUCCGGAGGCGAAAUUAAAAAAUAG